AUGGCCUUGCGGGCCUUGGGCCAAUCAUGCCAAUCGGUCUCAGUGGUGCCGUCCAUUCUCCGCACCGGGCGCUCGGCGGCCGCGCCCUGGGUGGCGCGGGAGGCCAACGGCAGCGGCGCGCUGGGGGAGCUCGACAGGACUCGCCUCCACUGGGGCUCCUCGCCAAGCUGUUCAGCCCUGCGUUCCUAUCCCGGACUCCAGCUCCUUCCGAAUCAGGCGACCGAGCUAGUGGAGGAGAGUGUCGAGGAGAGAUCAGAGUCUGCAUACCUGGACGAGCCGGCAGAAGCACAGGAGCUGUCGGAAGAGUCGCCAGGCGCAGCUGAAAGCCCCGUCACGGUGGUGGAGCAGUCGUCGCCCAGGUCAUCCAAUGCGGCAAAUGCGCCGGUGGCUGCAGCAUACCUGGUGAUGCGCGAUUACGAGCGGCGCUUGCGAAGCCUGGAGCACCAGUGCCGCGAGCUUAGCGCUCAGAACGCUCACCUGGCCGCUGAACUAACGACGAGCCGGUCAAAUCAGAAGAAAGGCCGAGAGCUGAACCUCCGCUUGGGCCGUGAGGUGCAAGAUCUCCGCAGAGAACGCGCCGAGGCCACCGAGCGCAUUGAGCACCUGGAGAAGGAGCUGGAGAAACGCUCCGACCUGCCGGUCCCGGUGAUGUCCGCCGAUGCCUCCGUCUCGGUGGAGCCUUGGGAGCUCCAGCCGAGCUGGAUCGAGCUUCCUCCAGGCUUGCGACCGGUUGGUGCCGAGGAGGCACACUCGGACCACUCGGAGGAGUUGCCGGUGUUGCUGUGGGGCUGUGAGCAGACGCAGACCUACAGCCCUGGUUUGUUGCUGGCGCAUCGGUCUCGUCCCUGCCGUCCCCUCCACAGCGGCUUCUCCUGUUUCAUUGCUAUGUGGCGGCCGCGCAGCCUGCGACGGGCGGAUUCCGGGUACAAAGCCACCGUGGCGUCGGAGCGCGCGCAGCGCGGGCGCCUCUGCACCCAUCAAGCCAUCGCCUUGCAUCAAGCGGUGGAACCUGCCAGGUGGUGUGUGACCUUCGCUGAUUUGGAGUUCUUCCAGGCGGAGGUCCAUCGACGAUGGCCUACGGAGCCUUCCCAAAUGGCCGGGCCCAACAUCUAUGAAGUGAACGAGCAGUACAUCAAGCCUGUCACCGCGGCCGCGGGCAAGAUGAGCUGGGCCUUAAUGAUGAACCCUGCCGGCCUGGACUGUGAUUUGUUUAUCACUCAUGCCUGGCGGGAAGAGGUCUUUGAACUUACUCAGAAAGUCCUGGCCUCUUGGCCUUUUCGUGCCAAUUCGGCUUGGUGUUGCAUGCUUGCUAAUCCUCAGAAUUUGGAUAUUGGCCUUUUGCUUCAGUCUCCGUCCUCAUCUCCGUUUGCCUUGGCCCUCACGAGUUGCAAGCACAUGCUGGUGGUACCCAAUCGCCACAGCAGUGUCUAUACGCGGCUUUGGUGUGGAUAUGAGGCCUACUUGGCGUUUCAGAGCAACAAGAUUAUUCGUACUGCUGCACCGCCCAUUUGGCGGGCAGUGUUGUUCUCAUGGCUCAGGAUGUGUCCAGCACUUCUCAUCGGUAUUGUCCUGGGCAUCACUGCCUAUGAUGUGCAAUUUGAGAGCAGCCACACGUGGUUGGUGAUCGCGCGACUCCUAGCACUCUUGGCCAGCAUCUUGAGCCAAAACAGUGGCCAGAUGAUGAUGUGCUUGAUUGCGAAUCACAUCGGUCUUGCAAGUGGUGUUGCCACGGUCAUUCAUUGUCAAGCUCCCUCCGGCUUCACGGCGCUCCUUCCCAUGAGCAAGUGGUGGGUGGUCGCCACCUAUCGGUAUUCAGAGGCUUGUAUGGUGGGAUACUUCUUGCUUGCUGAAGUUGACCGAGUGAAUUGGCAGACCGAAAAGCACGAAGCAGAAGAGCUAGAGCAGUCCUAUCAAGGAUCCAUUCGUGACGCGUCAUGCUUGGAAAGCCAAGAUGAGCGGAAUAUUUGGAAUGAAAUUGGUACUUUGGCUGAUGAAGUCGACAAGGUCAUUCGGGUCUUGAUGAAGGCCGGUAUGACGUCGGACGCACUUCGAGACGCAUAUCUGAAGGGAGCUGAGCUUCGACAUGCUGGGUCGACUCAGUUGGCAAUCCCCAUAGUAGUGCUUGGUCCUCAGUUGCUGCUAAGUGUUUAUCACCUUGUCUGGGAGCUGGCGAUCGUGUUCGGACCAGAGACUGUUCCAGAUGAAGCUCGGCUCGUCCUUUGGUCGGUGCCUCCACUCGCGGUGGCAUCCAUAGCUGCGAGACUAAGCUUCUUAAGGCUUUUGCUCAAACGCUCCAUUGAUGAAAGAUGCUUCAUGCUCAAUGUGAUGUCCAAGACCGUGGCCCCGAUCUUUUUCGGCUACUCCGUGCUGGGGAUUCUGGUGGGCAAGGUGGUCCGCUUCACCUUUUGUUGCUUGUGGCACCUCUCCUUCUUGGUGGUGCUGCUGUUCGCAUCGUUAGGCAUUCGCGGCACCCUCCGACUGCCCUGUGGCAAGCUCUUGAUCGAGGUCUUCUUGUCGAGGACCCUGAGCUGCCGCUGCGGGGUCCGCACCAGGUCGAGCACGGAGUGCUCCAGCGACGACGGUCAGUCGAGUCCGUCGGCCUCCGACGCGUCCGACGCGGACGGAGGGAGUUGA